CUCGGACUGCACCGGAGUAUGUGACGCGCGCGUGACGAAGACGUCAGCUAUACACGAUCGACGGAAAUCUCAAACAAAAGUCGCCGUCUAUAGUACGCAUACGACAAGGAAUACCUAUUGAAAAAUGACGUUAGCGAAAAUGGAUCAGAGGUUCCAGUUGAUCAGUCAUCACAGGGAUGAUAAACAGACCGAAUCACCAAGAGCGCUCAAUCCGGUGAUCAAUAAUUCUAAACCGAACAAAGUUCUGUUUUGUUUGUCCAACCAGGUGGGCACGGUGAUCCUGUACGGGGUGCCGAUCGUCUCGCUGCAGAUGGACAACCAAGAGCGGCUGUGCCUGGCCCAGAUCAGCAACACGCUGCUGCACCGGUUCAGCUACAACGAAAUCCACAACCGUCGGGUGGCGCUGGGCAUCACGUGCGUGCAGUGCACCCCGGUGCAGCUGGAGAUGCUCCGCCGGGCCGGCGCCAUGCCGGUGUCCUCGCGCCGGUGCGGCAUGAUCACCAGGCGGGAGGCGGAGCGGCUGUGCAACUCGUUCCUGGGCGACAACACGCCGCCCCGGCUGCCCGACGAUUUCGCGUUCGCGGUGCACCACGAGUGCGCUUGGGGCUGCCGCGGAUCGUUCCUGCCGUCCCGGUACAAUUCGUCCCGGGCCAAGUGCAUCCGGUGCGCCGUGUGCGGACUGUUCUUCUCGCCCAACAAGUUCAUAUUCCACUCGCACCGCACCGGCGCCGGGGCCCGGUACGUGCAACCGGACGCGGCCAACUUCAACUCGUGGCGCCGGCACAUGAAGCUCAGCGACGACCCGCCCGACCACGUGGUGCACGCGUGGGAGGACGUCAAGGCCAUGUUCAACGGCGGCACGCGCAAACGGGCCGUGUCCAGGCCGUCGCCGCCGUCGCUGCUCCAGCAACAGCACCAGCAGCAGCCGCUGCUCCAGCCGCCGCCGCCGCCGUCGCACUCGCGACAACAGUCAUCGGCUUCGUCAUCGCCGCCGCUGCCGCCGCCGUCCGUUUCGUCCGCCGCCGCCGUGAUCGUGCAAAUGCCGCAGCCCAUGCUCCAGUCGGCGGGCCACCUGCACCACCACAGCAGGCAGCACCACCACCACCACCACCACACCGGUCGUCGGAACUGCAGCAAAGAAAUCGGCCACGGUUCGCUGGUGCAGGUGCCGUCCAUUGCCGGCACCAGGCCAUGGCCGACAUGGAACAGCGGGCCAACCGCUCGCCGUGGCGCGGCCGCCGCGGCCGCGUAUUCGGCGGGCGGCGGCCCUGCCUGUGGCUGCCCAACCGAGCCACCCGCAUCAUCACACGCCCCAGUCACCGGAAACGCAGUCGCGGCCGAUUAUUCUUCCGCUUUUCGGCCCGUCUAUCCGGUCAGGCCGCUGCUGCCGCCCGCCGCCGCCGCCGCCGCCGCGGCCAAGUCGGCCGACGGCGAAGAAGACGACGGCGACGACGACGAGGCCGACGGCGGCGGUGGCGGCGGCGGUGUUGCGCGGACGGCGACGGAUGACGUUGACGACGUUGACGACGACGACGACGACGACGACGACGAAAUUGACAUCGAAACGUGCCCCGACGAAAGGAACACGUAGGACCCGCAAACGGCUACUUUUUUUUUUAUGAUUAUUGUUUAUAGUUUCAGUGUGUUAUUACUUAUUAUUAUGCGAUAUGUGCGCUAUUUUUGCGAUACAAAUUAUAAUCGACCGGUUCAGUUAUCAUCCAGUGGCGUCGAAUGAUUUGCAAGUCUAAGUUUACGCAAAUGAGCGAAUUUCACAGUAGUAAGACCUGCUAUUGUUUUUAACCACAAAUUUCGUAUCGCCGCCCAAACUUACGUUUGAUUUUCAAAAAAACUUCGUUAACUGUUAUUCUUCGGUAAAAUCGGGGAUACAGCACUCGCCACCUUAAAUUUCGCUUACCGUAUAAAAGAUGAGAUUGACGGUACUUAUAUCGGUUAUAUGGAGAUGGACUUCGUUGACGUAGAAUAUUUUUUGGCCUGCGUUUACUAUUAAUUUACACAUACGUAUAUAAAUAUAUAUUAUAAUAUGUGUUAUGGUUUAUUUUCUAACGAAAGUUAAUACGAAUACGUAUGUUGUUUGCACAUUAGAAAAACACUUGUCUCUUCUUGGACGCGCGAAUACGUUGAUGUAUAUGUUUUUCGUCGUAGAGGUACCGGUAGAGUCUAUAAUAUUAUAAUACAUAGUGUAAUAAAUUUAUUUCUUGUUUGCAUAUCGUUUAUACUUCACCUUCCAUAAAUAUAUAAUACGUAAUAAGUUGCGAUGCACUUUACCAUUACUGUUUUGUCAAAAUUUCUGGAACUCUGCUGAAUAGGUAUUUUCAUACUCAUACAUUAUUAAGAUAACAAUAUCUGUUUUAUAUUACACAUAUUACGUAAACUUCGUAAUUCAACUUUGCCGUUUGGGUGGCCGAUGAUACGCUGUAGAUUGUAGUGUAAUAAUAUUAUUAAUCUUUUAAUCGGCACAUUAUAAUAUUAUAUUAUUACAUAUAUAUUAUAUAUUCUAUUGUUUAUGUAAACAUUUCGAUGUCUAUUUGUUAAACUUGA